UAAUCUCAUGUAUUGAUGUAUCCACGUGUUUAUGAUUUUAUUAUUAACCUAUUUGACAAUAAUUAUUAUAAAUAUUGAAAUAAAUAAAUAAAUAUGAGUGAUCAGGAGAAUGAUUAUAACAGUGAUGAAGAAGUAUCAAAAGAUCAUUCAAAACUUCUUCAGGCUGUAACAAAACUUGACAAAGGACAAAGACUUCCGAAAGCAGAAAAAAGUGAGCCAACAACGAAAUUAUCACAAUUUCAUUUGAUAUCAAGUGGAAGUAAUAAGAAACAAACAAAUGUUAACUUGACUGAUGUAUUAAAGGGUAAUGUUGCUCUUAAACAUAUCAGUAGAAAACUUAAAUCAACUGAAAAAUCAGGUUUAGUAUUGCCAAAACCCUUGGAAAAAACAGCUGCUAAUAGGAUAAAUAGAAAAGUUAUUUAUGAAAAUACAGCAAAAGAACUUCAAAAAUGGGAUGCAACAAUAACUAAAAAUCGUGCUGCAUCAACACUUAAUUUUCCAUUGGGGAAACAAUCAUUUUCUGUACCAACAACAGGUGAAUUUGUUGAAAGAUUUAGGGUAAAAUCAGAUUUAGAAAAAAGUUUAGAUGCAUUAGAGCCACCAAAGCCAAUUGAGAAAAAGAAAAAAGAUAAUUUUCCAUUGACAUUAAAAGAAGCACGUGAAAGAAGAUUAGAAGCUGCUAAAUUUAAAAGACAACAAUCAUAUCUAGCAGCAAAAGCAGUUAGACAAAAUAAAAUAAAAAGUAAAAAAUAUCAUAGACUACAAAAAAAAGCUCAAAUAAAAAAAGAGCUUAAAGAAUUUGAACAGUUACAAAAAACUGAUCCAGAAGCUGCACUAGAAAAGUUUAAACAACUUGAAAAAAUUAGAGCACAAGAAAGAGCAUCAUUGAGACAUAAAGCUUCAAGUUCUAGUAAAUGGGCUAAAAAUAAAUUAAUCAGAGCAAAAUAUGACAAAAAAGCUCAACAAGAUUUGGCAAAAUCAUUAGCAAUUGGUCGUGAGCUAACAGAAAAAGUUAAAGUUGAUGAUAGUGAUGAUGAUGAUAAAGAAAUUGAAUAUAAUAUUGAUGAUCAUGUUGAAGAAGCUGAUAAAAAUAAUCCAUAUUUUAAAAAAAGUGAAUCAGAAAUUAAUGCAUUUGUUUCGGAAUAUAGAAAAUUUUAUGAUGAAUCAAAUAAAUUAAAAGAAAGUAAAAAAUUGACUAAUAAUUUUACAGUUCCUGAAGUUGAAACAUUAAAUGAAGAAGAGACAAAUGAAGAAGAAAAAAAAGAACAAGAUAAACAAGAUGAUUCAUCAAUUGAAAAUCAUCAAGUUACUAAAAAAAAAAUAACUAAAAAAGUUAAAAAUAAUAAUAAAAAAGCAAAAAAUAUAAAAACUGGUACAUCAGAUUGGUCUGUUGAUGCAUUUGAUGAUGAAAAAAAAGCUGAUAAUUCAGAGCCAUUAAAUUUAGAUGAUUUAUUUGAUGAUUUGGAAAUAAAAAUGCGUAAAAAUGUUAAUAAAAAAAUUAAAACUGCUAAGAGAAAAUUAAAAAAAUCAAUUGAAUUAAAUGACAAGGAUGAAGAUGAUGGUGAUAAUAAAAAAAAAGUAAAAUUAGAUAAUGAUUAUUCUGAUUUGUCAUUUAAAAAAACAAAAUUAAGACCAGAACUUGAUGGUUUGAAUGAGACAGCUGGUGAUGAACCAGAAGAAUCAUCAAAAAAACCAGCAGAUAAAAUGGUAUCAACAAAUUUAUCAUCAAAAAAUAAUAAAAAAGUUGAAAUUGAUCCAACAAAAUUCAUCAAAGCCAAGCCAAAACAUAUCAAGACAAUGUUACCUGAUGAUGUUACUGGUGGUGAUGAAGGUCUUGAUGACAGUCAAGAUGAAGAUGAUGAUGAUGAAUUUAAACAAAGACAGCAUAAAUUAAUAAGUGAAGCUUUUGCUGAUGAUGAUGUUGUUGGUGAUUUUCACAGAGAAAAACAAGAACAGAUUAAAAAAUCACAACCAGAAGAAAUCAAUACAGUUUUACCUGGUUGGGGUUCUUGGACUGGUAAAAAUAUCAAAGUAUCAAAAAGAAAACAAAAACGUUUUAUACUUAAAUUUCCAGUUGAUAAACCAAGAAAAGAUGAAAAUAAAGGUGAUGUUAUUGUAUUUGAAGGUGGUAAUCAAAGAAUAAGAAAUCAUCUUGUCAGUGAUUUACCAUAUCCAUUUGAAAGUGUUGCUGAUUAUGAAAAAAGUAUACGUGCACCAAUUGGUAGAUUAUUUGUAACAGAAAAUGCUCAUAAAAAAUUAACUGAACCAGCAAUUAAAACUAAAAUGGGACAAAUUAUUGAGCCCAUGACUGAAGAUGCACUUUUAAAAAAAGAUAAAAAAAUUGAAGGACAACUUCCAAAAAAAACAAAUUCUAAAAAUAAUAAUUCAAAAAUUGAAAAAAAAGAUUUUAAAAAGAAAUUUAAUAAUAAUUCAAAAAACAUUAUUAAAAAAAAAUUUGUUAAAAAAAAUAAUACAACAAAUGUUGUCAAAAAAAAUAACAACAAUGUCAAAAAAAAUUGAAUAAAUAAUAAAUUUACUGAA